CCUAGCUUCAACACACUAUCGUUUGCAGUUCACAGUGCUCAGCGGGCUGGUUUACUGCUUUUCUCAUUGAUACGUAUAGAUACAACAGAAGCUGUGGUUCUGGACUGUUUAUACCCGUCACAAGAGCACACAGGGAGAGACAUAGAAGCACAGCAAGCCAUAAUUGGACAGGAUGGACCACUCACACAGACCGUCCGUGGCGUCACGGAGGGAGUCUGUGGUGUCACAGACCGAGGUCAACAGCACAGAGAUGUUUGGAGGCGCCGGUUCUGAAAUCAUCCCCUCGUCGAUUUCGACAUUCCACCAUCAUCACCACUUUGGAGGGAGACAGUCAGACAGCCGUCACAGCUCAGUCCCGAGCUCCGCGGCGUCAUCGAUACGACGUGGCAGAAUGGCCCACUCUCCAAGCGAGGUGGUGAACCUGACACGGUUACACUCGCGUACAAGUUCUCAUGGCCGCUCAAGGUCUCAGUCAAUCGACCAGUUCCGAUUCUUCGACCCACAGGACAUUGAGGCUGCCCAAGGUACAUCCACAAUGGAUGAGAAUGUGGACUAUGAUACCAACUGGGACGAAGAUUACAGAAGGGACAGCUUCACAAGCGCAAGUGUCCAUGAUUAUGGGUCUCUUGAAAGAACCACGACGACGUCGACCUAUACCUUUAGAGACCGAUUCCCCAGUGAUAGUACUAGAGCCUUGCUCGAGGAGGACGAAGAAAGUGGUAACGAGGAAAUCAACCCACAAACGUCAAACAUAGCAUCUAAUACCCACGAGGUGGAGCCCGAGCUUCAUGAGCAGUACUAUCCAUCGUUCCCUGCAAAGUUGCACUUUCAAAGAUUUUACAUUGCCGAGGAGGACUUGGUGUUGGGUAUUGCAGGCUAUAAAACCCAUAGAGCUCGGCUCUACCUGUACUACUUAUUGGUUACUGUCACUCUUGGUAUGUUUUACCUCUUUAUGAGAUGGUUCCCACGCUACAAAUUUGCUCUGAUUGGUGAAAAGACCCCCUUGGCCAAGGCUGAAUGGGUGGUUAUUGAGACUGAACACGGUGAAUUAACAGUUACUCAAGUUCACAGACAGUGGUACAAUAGACCUUUAUCGACAAUAAUGAACGUGCCACAUCUGCAUGUCUCUUCCUCGGACGAAUUGCACGUCAACCUGGAUCCUGUGAUGCCAAUUCUCAUAUCAAUGGAAUACAGGUAUCUGAAGUUCUAUUACACACCAGUGGAGGAUAUCUUUAAGACAAAUACAAACUGGGUGGACCACCAAUGGCUACACCACUCGAAGGAUGGACUCUCUACAGAUCAGUACGAUGAUAGAUCUCUUGUGUUUAACCAAAACACCUUAGAUAUCAAGGAAAGACCAAUAUCACAGCUUCUUGUGGAGGAAGUCUUACACCCAUUCUAUAUCUUUCAGGUGUUUUCCAUCAUUCUGUGGGCAUUUGAUGAGUACUACUACUAUGCAACGUGUAUAUUCUUGAUCUCUGUUGUAUCAAUUGGUAAUACUCUUGUUGAAACUAGGGCAACAAUGAGACGUUUGGCUGAGAUCUCGAGAUUCACCUGUAAAAUUCGUGUUUGGAGAAAUGGCUUCUGGAAAGAGAUUGAUUCCAAUGAUCUAUUCCCCGGUGAUGUGUAUGAAAUAUCAGAUCCUUCGCUAAACACUGUCCCAUGUGACUCUGUGCUGUUAUCAGGUGACGCUAUUCUGAACGAGUCAAUGCUAACCGGUGAAUCAGUCCCGGUGUCAAAGUUACCUGCAACAGAAGAAACGUUGGGAUGCUUGGUGGAGGCAUCAUCGCAGAUCCCUGCUAUAUUGGCUAAGUCGUACUUAUUCAAUGGAACUAAAAUCAUCAGGGUUCGCCAUGCAGCUUCUGAUCCAGCACUUGCACUGGUUACACGUACUGGGUUUUCGACAACAAAGGGGUCUCUUUUACGCUCUAUGUUAUUCCCAAAGCCUGCUGGAUUCAAGUUUUAUGAGGAUUCUUUCAAGUACAUCGGAUUCAUGUCAUGCAUUGCUGGCUUUGGCUUCAUCUUCUCCACCAUCAACUUCAUAAAGUUGGGAUUGGGAACACGUAUCAUUGUUCUCAGAGCUCUUGAUAUCAUUACCAUUGUUGUUCCACCUGCAUUGCCUGCGACACUAACCAUAGGCACUAGUUUUGCUUUGGCAAGACUAAAGAAGAAGAAUGUGUUUUGUAUUGCACCUACCCGUGUUAAUGUUGGGGGCAAGUUGGACAUUUUAUGCUUUGAUAAAACUGGUACAUUGACAGAAGAUGGCUUGGACGUCUAUGGUGUCCACUCCGCUGCAAAUUUUGAUCAACUGAGCACCAAUAUCAACGGUUUGGACGAACAUAUGGUUAGAGCUAUGGUUGCUUGUCAUUCUCUCAGAGUUGUGGACAACGAACUAAUAGGUGAUCCAUUAGAUUACAAGAUGUUUGAGUUCACCAAUUGGAACUAUGAGGAGGAAUUCAAAGGCUUCAAUCCUUCAAGCGAAGGAUCAGGCGAUGAGAAUAUUCUUCCUGAGAAUGCAGGUAUCACACCUGCUGUUGUCUAUCCAAAGGAUAAGAGCAGAAUGUUUGGUAUUCUUAAGAGCUUCGAGUUUGUAUCAGAGCUGAGAAGAAUGAGUGUUGUUCUCAAAAGUGGAAACGACCUUAAUGUCUUUACAAAAGGUGCACCGGAGGUUAUUAGAGACCUCUGUGAUGCCAAAUCAUUCCCCCCAAAUUAUGACGCUUUACUUCACCAUUAUACACAUAGUGGUUAUAGAGUUAUUGCAUGUGCAGGGAAGAAGCUGAAGAAGAACACUUGGCUCUACUCUCAAAAGAUAUCCCGUUCCGAAGCUGAGUCCAAUCUGAGAUUCCUAGGAUUCAUAGUCUUCGAGAACAGAUUAAAACCAUCAACUGCCGGCGUGUUGGCACAGUUGAAGCAAGCAAAGCUGAGAACCGUCAUGUGUACAGGUGAUAACCUUUUGACAGCUGUCAGUGUUGGACGCGAGUGUGGUUUGAUUCAGGAGGAUCUUAUAUUUGUUCCACAGUUCAUCGAUGAUGAACUUCAGUGGGUAGAGAUCAAUGACGAGAGCUUGAGAUUGGAUAGAAACACGUUAGAACUACACGGAUCGUACAAGUCGUAUGGCUUUGCUGUUUCUGGAGACGUAUUCAGGUACUUGUUGAAGGAUGAGACACAUGGGUUCUCUGAGCACUACAUCGAUACGAUAUUCUUGCACGCCAACAUCUUUGCUCGUAUGUCUCCUGAUGAGAAGCAUGAGCUUGUUGAGAGACUUCAAGAUUUGGACUACACAGUGGGAUUCUGUGGUGAUGGUGCUAAUGACUGCGGUGCUUUGAAGGCCGCAGACGUUGGUGUUUCUCUUUCUGAAGCUGAAGCCUCUGUUGCUGCUCCAUUCACAUCACGUACUUUUGAAAUAUCUUGUGUUCUUGAAGUUAUCAGACAAGGACGUGCAUCUUUGGUUACAUCUUUUAGUUGUUUCCAGUACAUGUCCUUAUAUUCUGCGAUCCAGUUCGUCACAGUGUCUAUUCUCUACAAGAGAGGAUCGAACUUGGGUGAUUUCCAGUUCUUGUGGAUUGAUCUGUUCUUGAUCUUGCCAUUAGCCAUAUUCAUGUCGUGGUCAGAUGCGUAUGGCACAGUCGUUGCAAAGAGACCAUCUGCGAAUCUUGUAUCUCCAAAGCUUUUGAUCCCACUUGUUUCGAACAUUGUUCUUUUGCUUCUGUUCCAAGUGUUCAUCUGGCAAUAUGUACAGACAGAGCCAUGGUAUAUUAAGCCAGUUCCAGGUGGUGAUGAUGCGGUCCAGUCCUCAGAUAACACUGUUCUGUUCUUGUUCUCCAACUUCCAGUACAUCCUGUGUGCACUGACAUUGACCGUCGGCCCACCGUACCGUGAGCCUAUUGUCAAGAAUGUGCCAUUCAUUAUCAACGUCAUCGUCUGUGUCGUGCUCUCCAUUGCCCUGAUGAACGUUGACAGUGAAGGGUUCUGGGGCGAGCUUUUCCAACUCACUGCAAUAUCAUUGGGAUUCAAGUGGCUCAUCGUGGUUGCCGCGGUGCUCAAUUGGCUCGUUUGCCAAUACAUUCCACCACGUUUCAAAGGACUGAUGCGUAAGAAGAUCAGCUCCAAGAAGUACAAGAGAUUACUCAGAGAGAAGAGAGGAUCCGUUUAGACAAACAAUCAUACAUUUUACAUACAUGUUAUAAAACUAUUUGGCAAUGAUAGGUGUACUAUAUGGUUUCCACAGA